AUGUCAGCCUCGACACACUCGAGCGCGACAGACGUCGACGCUGGGAAUAGCAACGAUGCGCCGCAGGUGGAGGCGCUCUUCCUGAUCAGAUUCGACAAGAAAGUCGGCUACACCAUCGCCUGGAAACGCAGCGCGAACGACACGGACCUGGACGGCGUCGAGUUCAAGUCGCUGCCGUCUGGGCUGCACACGCUUGCCAACGACCUCGUCUACUUCACGCACGCAGGCCAUGCCGGAUUGAGCGCCUUCGCCAGGGGCGAUGCCGGUGCAGAGGACCGCAACGCCAACUUCGUCUCGGUCGGCGCGCUGGUCCGGAGAGAGGGCAGGUUCGGGCGGCUGGGGCGCGGGUGGCUGCUGGCCGGACGGCUCGAGAAAAUGGCCGCGGCGCUGGCCAGGGACGAGACGGUGGCACCGCUGGAGGAGUUCUGGGCGGACCAGACCAGCAGCGCGACGACCCAGCACGCAGACAGCAAGGGCUCCCGCCGCGACCGCGCCAUCUCCACCGCCACGGCCAUGCCCAAGGACGAAGAGCGGCUGCCCGAGCACCACCCCGCGCUGGCCAUGCUGCAGUACCUCGACCUGUUUGGCCCACUGGUCUUCCGGUUGCAGCAGGCGGCCCUGCUGCGGAAGCGCAUUCUGUUCGUGGGCCGCCCGCCGGUGAGGACGACGUGCGAGUUCGUCUACAACCUGUCGGUCCUCUCCAGCAUCUCCCCGCGCGACGCCGAGCAUCUUGCGCCUGGCACCGAAGACCUCCUGCGCCUGCCCGCCCUCUUCUCCGUCGGCGUGCACGACAUCCCCCACCUCGAAGACCUGCGCCGCAACAAGGGCGGCCACACGCCCGGCCACGAGACCGCAGAGGGCUGGGUCGCAUGCACGACGGACGAGAUCAUUGCGAGCAAGCAGCAGCUAUACGACAUUGUCGUCGAGAUACCGCACGCCGGCGAUGCAGCUCCCCAGCGACGACAUUGGCCGAAGCUGCGCACCAGCGAGGGCGACGUGAUCAAGGCGAGCCAGCGCGACGUGGCGCGGUACAAGCUGCUGCACCGCGAGCUCUGGAAGCACCGCCAGCAGGCCACCGAGACUUUCCACGACGAGGACGAGCAGAGCGACGACGCAGCGCCGCUGCUCUCGCACGACGACAUCGACGCCAAGCGCGCAGACGACGACUUCAACGAGGCCUACGACGACACAGCCGUCGAGCCCGUGACAUGGUCACGACUUGCCUACCAGGGCUUCAUGUGGUGGGCGAGCGCCGGCGAGCGUGAAGCGUACACCACAGCCGAGAAGGAGCUCGACCGCGAACUCGUCGGCGACAUGGCUGCCUACGAGGGUUCUGUCGAGACGGCCGUGAUUGCCUACUUCCACCGACAAACAUCCCUGCUGAUCAAGGUGUUGAGCCAACUGGUAGAGGGCGAGCACGAAGACGAAGACGAAGACGAAGACGCAGACGAAGAAAGGGAAGGCGAAGAGGGGGACGCGCUGUGGAUUGAUCGAGACGACCUCAGCAGCAUGGGCCUCGACACGUGGAGCGAGGCGGACCGCGCAUACGUGCAGGAGUUUGGGAGCCUGUACUUUGGCCGACGCGUCGAGAUCAGAGGGAACGAGGUGGAUUGCUGUGGUCUGAGAGUUCCCAUGCUGUAG